CGCCGACAAUGGGUUCGGCAUUUUAUCUAUGUAUAAUUUCCGCUUUACCUGUGUAGUAAAAAUUCAAUGAAUGUGUACAGGUAGAUUUAUUAUAAAAGAUAUAAAAUGAAGAGCACGAUCGUCCUUCUGGGGCUUUUAGGAUUAAUAUGUUCGUGUUUUGCUUUGGAAUGCUAUGUAUGUCUAGGGCAGAGGACAAAUAAAGACAAAUGUAUAAAAACCACCAUUCAGUGUGAGAAAGAACAGGAUGCCUGCAAAACACAAAUACGAUGGCAGCAGCCUAAGUUUUGGCAGAGAGUCAGUGAGAGGUAUCAUAACAUCUCUAAAUCUUGUGAGACAAAGGCUCGCUGUGACGCUGAGGCCCAGGCCAAGGGAUUCCGAUGUAUGAGGGACUGGUAUCGAGACUGGGACUGUGUCGAGUGUUGUCAAGGAGACAGAUGUAAUUACUAUGCAACGUUGGGAGGAAGUCACAAUCAGCUGAGUUUUGUCCUGUUAUCCAUUGUCCUGAUUUCCCAAGCACUGUACCAUCUCUACAGGUAACCGUGGCAACAAAACCAAGUUACCCAGCAUUCAAUUUUACACAGCAACCCUAGAAGAUGUGAUAGACUCAACAUUGACUUUUACUGCAUUGUUAUGACAACUACAUUUCAACACAAAGAAUUUCUUUUUCGUUUUUUAAUAGUUUGAUAAAAAAAAAAAAUUGGAAUGGCAAGCAAUGAAGCAUUUCUGAUGUAUUUUAACAGUUUGAUAAAAAUAAUUUGAUCUUUCAGAACGAGUAGCUUUUAUUACAGAAUUUACAUCUUUUCAUCAUUAUUACAAACAUCUCUAGUGGUUUUUUUCUGAAUGGUCUUUUUUGAUUACCUUCACUAAUAAUCAGGCUGAAUUUUAAACUAGCAGAAUAUAUACAAAGCUUAUAUUCCUAUUUGAGAAAAAAAAACUGUUUUGUCAAGGAGCAAGGAUGAAUGUGCCAUUGUGAUUUGUGAUAUAAAUCAUGAAUUAGGUAUGAGAGUGUAGAUAAGUAUUAUGUGUAUAUCACUCUGAGGAUUUGAACAUGUAAUCUAUAUGCAAUAUCAUUAUGAACAUUUCAUUUGUACAUUACAUCAUCUUUAAUUGUAUAUAUUUUAAUCAUUGAUUCCAUCUGUCCAUUCCAUGAUUAUUCUAACAUAUUGUAUAAUUGUUAAGGGAGUGAGAGUGUAGAAUAUGUAUCAGGUUAGAUAACUCAUGACUUUUUAGAAUCAUCAUUAAUGUAUAUAUGAUACAUGAUUUUUUACUUUUAUGAUACAUAUGUACAUGCAUUAUAUUUUAUAAUAAAUUUUAUUCAGACAAUGCAUUUUGAUUUUUUUUUUAAUAAAGCAAAGAACCAA